AUGUACGCCUUCUACUCGCUGCUCAUCUACAUCUUCUACAGCCUUUUCCGCAGGGACGGAGGGGCCGCGGCGUCCGCCGGCUCCGGGGACCCCGCCCAGAAUGCCCGCGGCAAGCCCGGGGAUCGCCGCCGCCCCGACCAGCGCCCUGCAGAUCUGUGGACCGAGCUGACAGGCCUGGUCGGCUGCUCGGAGUCGGAAGAUGGGCCUGGAGAGGGACCCGAGGGCCGCCCCGCGGAGGUCUCCCUGGAAGAGGCUCUCGUGCGUCUUGCCGAGUUCCUUUCUGGCCAGCUGGGGGCGGAAGAGAGCUGCGGGUGUCCUGCUGAUCUGAGCAAGCCCGGGGAUGUCCCCCCUCUGCUGACGGUGAUUGGCCAGCUCUUGGCUCUCCUGGCAUGGAUUCGGAGCCCCAGGGGGAGGCAGGCCCUGCCCCAGGAAACUCAGCGAGCCUCCGGGGUGCAGCCCCUCGCGACUGCUGGACCCACAUCCCAAGAAAACCGUUCCCUUUCGCCGGGGGCUGAGGCCCAGGGGGGGCAGCCCCCCCAGUUGGUGGAGGACCAGAGGGCUUGGCAGCAGCUGGAGCAGCUCGUCCUUGGACAGCUGGAGGAGCUGAAGCAGCAGCUGGAUCUGCAGGAGGAGGGACUGGGCCAGCUUCACUUGGGAGUGGGGGCAACAGACUCCGAGAAAAGGGUUCAGCAUCUGACCCUGGAGAACGAGGCUUUGAAGCAGAGCCUAAUCCUUACUCAGGACCUCCUGAGGCACUGGGGCGCCGGCCCCCCUGCCAGGGCUCCGCAGGAGGAGGCAGAGGCACUGGUGGAGCUCCAGGGCCAGCUGCAGGAGGCCCAGGAGGCCACAGACGCCCUCCGAGUCCAGCUGGGGGUGCAGGAGGCGCAGCUGCAGGGCCUCCAGGGGGCCCUCCGGCAGCUCCAGCAGGAAACAGAGCAGAGCUGCAGAAGGGAGCUGCAGCAGGUGCACGGACAGCUGGCAGGACUCCGGGCACGCAUGGCCAGCCUGCGCCAGGGCUGCGGGGACCUCCGAGGUCUGGUCAGCACCUUCACUCAGAGCUGCCAGGGCUCCCUGAGCGAGGCCCGGGGCCAGGUAUCCUGGGCCCUGAGGACACUGUCAGACAGUGGGGCUGGGGCUCAGCUCCCCGAAGGGCAGCAAGAACCCCCAGCUGGAUGCCCGGGGCGGCUACUGGAGCUCAAGGGAAAUAUCCGUGUGCUGUGUCGGCUGAGGCCAGGGACACCCUCCAGCCUGGUGAGCUCGGAGCCCGGCCCAGGCGGCACCGUCACCACCUGCUACCGAGGGCACCAGCGUCGCUUCCAUCUGGACUGGGUCUUCCCUCCGGAUGCCAGCCAGGAGGAGGUAUUCCGGGAGCUGGAGCCUGCGGUGCUGUCCUGCCUCCGAGGCUACAGCGUGUGCAUUUUCACCUACGGCCAGACGGGGACCGGGAAGACCUACAGCAUGGAGGGCCCACCUGAGGACCCCGGGAUAGCUCCUAGGGCGCUGCAGUCCCUGUUCCGGGAGAUGAGGGCCGGAGGGCACGCCCGAGUGACCCUGAGCAUGGUGGAGAUCUACAACGAGGCUGUCAGGGACCUCCUAGCCCCCGGGCCCCCCGAGCGCUUGGUGGUGAGGCAGGGCCCGGCAGGCCAGGGUGGGAUCCAGGUGGCCGGCCUCACGUACUGGGAUGUGCCCAACCUGGAGACUCUGCACCAGAUGCUGAGCCUGGGGAGGAGCAACCGGGCCACGGCCGCCACCGCCAUGAACCAGCGCAGCUCUCGCUCCCACGCGCUGGUCACGCUGACCCUGCAGGCGGCGCCGCCCCCGCGCGGCGCAGGCACCACGGGCACGCUGCACCUGGUGGACCUGGCGGGGUCCGAGCGCGCCCGGAAGGCGGGGGCCCUGUGCAGCGCGAGGGGCGGCGCUCAGGACGCCCAGCGCCUCCGGGAGGCCCGGACCAUCAACCGCUCGCUGCUGGCGCUGGGCGGCGUGAUGACGGCGCUGCGGGCGCGCCGGCCGCACGUGCCCUUCCGCGACUCGCAGCUCACGCGCCUGCUGCAGCCGGCGCUGGGCCCGGGCGCCACGGCGGUGCUGCUGCUGCAGAUCUCCACGCGCCCCGAGGACCUUGGCGAGACCGUGUGCUCGCUCCAGUUCGCCGAGCGCGUGGGCCGCGUGGAGCUGGGGCGGGCGCGGCGCCGCAGGGCCCGGCGCUCGGGGACGCCCUCCUCCGUCAGCACGGACACGCCGCUCACCGGGACUCUCUGCACGCCCACGCCGCCCCCGGGGAGCCCCGCCAGCCCCGGCCCCGAAGGCGCGGCUCCCGCGUCCCCCGAGGACCUGCUCGCGUAG